AUGGAAGACUGCACGGUGUUGAGAGAUAAGGUGGAGGAACUGCUUCGGGCAGGCCAUUUGAGGAAGUUUUUGAAGGAGGAACGGAGGACGAGAAGUCCACUGAGAAGGGCUAGGAUGGAACGAAAUGAUAGAAAAGAUGAUAGACACCCGGACCGUAGGCGAAGCAGAAGUCGUAGCCACGACCGAUCACUGCGCGACAUAAUAAACACUAUUUCUGGAGGUUUUGUUCGAGGGCGGUCGGCGUCAGCCAGGAAGAGGAGCCUGAGGGAGUUAAAGAGUGUUCAUCGAGUAGAUGUGAGGAAGCGCUCAAUGCCGCCGAUCAUAUUCACUGAUGAAGAUUUUCAAGCUCCUGAUCCUGAUCAAGAUGAUUCGAUGGUGAUAAUAGUUGUUAUCGCUCGAGGAUCUGAUAGCCAACAGAUGGAUUUAUCAGAGGAUCUGAUAGCUCCAUAUAACGAGCAGAUAGUAGGAUUUUCUGGAGAAAGGGUGGAUACAAGAGGAUAUGUGGACUUAAGAACCUACUUAGGGACCGAACGGAAUGAUAAGGAGGUGAAGACCAGGUUUUUGUUGGUAGAAGAAAACACGUCCUAUAAUGUGUUGUUAGGCAGACCUUGCCUAAAUGCAUUUGGGGUGAUUGUCUCCACGCUCCACCUCAAGCUCAAGUUCCCGUCGGAUAGGGGAACUAUUUGUACCGUUCGGGCGAAUCAAAGGAUUGCCCGAGAAUGUUAUGUAGCAGGACUGAGGGUUCAACCAUCCUCUUCCCGGCAGAGG